CAAUGGUUAUGGGGAGCAGGCCGGAGUCUGGGGUUCAGAGUGAUAGUAGAUCAGCCACGACGCAAUGGCAGAGCAGACUCGAAGGACCAAAUGACCUAAUUCUGCUCCUAUAUUUUACGGUAAAAAAAAUUAAUAACCGACAAAACGAGAACUAGUAAGAACAGAAAAAGGCUGAAGACUGUCAGGAGUUCCGUAUUCAUCUUCGCAGAGAUACUGCGAGCUAGCGUCUCAGGCUUCCAGCAUCUACUGCCUUACACUGCAAGAGAAAAGUGGACCGCAAGCGAUUAGAACCCAGCUGCUUGAUAUAUAUGAGGAAAAUACUGCGGACAAGUCACGGUCGUAUUAAAUUAAUCCAGGAGAGCGUCCGCCGGGAGAGAAACAAAUUUGACUGUCUGUGUAUUUGCAGAACUCCCUCCGUCGUUCCCCAGUGAGUGGGAGAGGCGGGGCUCUUGGUGAUUAACUGGGAUCUCGCACGCUUCCUGUUUAUAAGUAUCCCAAGGGACUGAAUGUUGUUGGCAAUUAGUUUUGCCGUCAGAUGUGUUACUAGAGCCCGGCUAUCUCGCCGACGUUUUCCCGUGUUUUCGUGUUAAAAUGGGGCCAGGGGCGGAGUCUCUGCCUGGCAGGGUAUUUGUUUUCUCUGUCGUUGAUUGAUUCGGUAGUUGCGUUGAUUCUGGCGACCUGCCCAAUCAGUGAAGGACGAGAUCAGGGGGCCGAUUUACACCUGAUUUUCGAGCAUAAAAUGAUUACGGAACACUAACCUCGAUCAGUCGAUUGUAUGUUCGAGCUCCGCUGUGAUUCAAGAGCGCCAGUUACAUGUGAAUAAAGCAGCCACAUUACAUAAAAGCGGUGGCUGUAAUUCACACCCUUCGCCAAAAGGAGCUUCACCCAGAGUCUGUAGCGAUCCCUUUCCUGUCUUGUCCGGAGGAAUGGACGCUGAGGACAAAGCUGGGCAGAUGUCGGAAUCUGCCGAGGAUGAAGUGGAGGGAACAGUGCAAGAGGUGGAGGUGCCUGGGAGCAAAGAAACCCCACAACCGGUGGCUGUCUCGCCUUCUGCUCCCCAGCCAACCUACCAAGUGCCCGAUGGAGGUUUCGGCUGGGUAGUGGUGUUUGCGGCCACCUGGUGCAGCGGUUCCAUCUUCGGCAUCCAAAAUUCAUUCGGAAUUCUCUUCUUGAUGUUCCUGAAGGAGGUGGAGGACCAGAAGGACCCGAGCCUUCUCUUUAAGACGGCUUGGAUCGGUGCCCUCGCGAUGGGGAUGAUAUUCUUCUGUUCUCCAAUAGUCAGCAUUUUUACUGACUGGCUUGGCUGCAGAAAGACAGCGAUGAGCGGAGCUGCAGUGGCGUUUAUUGGACUUCUUUCCAGUUCCUUCACAAAGUCCCUGGAGCUGAGGUAUUUUACCUAUGGAAUUCUCUUUGGAUGCGGGUCAUCUUUUGCUUUCCAGCCAUCAUUAGUCAUUCUUGGCCAUUACUUCCGACGCCAUUUAGGCCUGGUGAACGGAGUGAUGACGGCUGGAAGCAGUCUGUUUUCCAGCGUCAUGCCUCUUUUCCUGAAGAAGAUUGGUGAUGCCUUGGGUCUGGCCCACACCCUGCAGAUUCUCAGCGUGUUCUUGUUCAUACAGAUACUUCUGUCCUUGACAUAUAAGCCUCUGUUACCAAGCAAUCCUGAAGAAGGGAGGACUAACACAACAAAAUUCGACAAGUGUUUCCAUCAGGUCAGGAGAUACCUAAAUCUGAGAGUCUUCAGGGAAGUAACAUACAGGGUUUGGGCCUUUGGAGUCGCCACUGCUGUCCUAGGUUACUUUGUGCCAUAUGUUCACUUGAUGAACCAUGUAGAAAAAGAAUUUGGAGAAACUGAGAGAAACUGGAUACUGCUCGUCUGCAUUGGAGCUUCGUCAGGAGUCGGACGCUUAGCAUUUGGAAAGAUUGGUGAUUGCAUCCCUGGACCUAAGAAGAUCUACCUACAAGUGGCAUCAUUUUGGGUGUUGGGUAUUAUGUCCAUCAUGAUACCACUCUGUAAAGUGUUUGAAGGCCUCAUUGCUGUUUGUAUUUUACUGGGGUUUUGUGAUGGAUGUUUCAUCACAAUUAUGGCACCUAUUGCCUUCGAACUGGUUGGACCUCAAGAGGCUUCACAGGCUAUUGGCUUCAUUCUGGGGCUAAUGGCCAUUCCUAUGACUGCAGGACCACCUAUUGCAGGGUUUUUAAAAGAUUCCUUUGGCAACUAUCACUUGGCUUUUUACUUGGCCGGAAUUCCACCUAUUGUUGGCGGAGUUGUUCUGUUCUUUGUCCCUAUAAUUCAUCAUCGAAUGAUGAAAAAGCAAAAGAAAGAAGACCCUGGCACUGACAAGAUAUUGUUAGCUUCAGGAAAUGCAUUAACUGGAGAGAUGCUUCCAGGAAACCCCAACCCAGAAACCUGUAUGUAAUCUGUAAAGUCAAGGCAUGCUACAUUCCACAGUGGGAUCAAUGCCAGCACAGACUGUGAUGUUUCCUUUUGGUAUGUGUGCCUGUUUUGAAAUAAUAGUUCUUCCACCCAUGUAACACUGAGUUCCCUUUCUAAAAAUUCCACAAAGGCAUUAGAAUUUUUAAAAAAAUGUUAAAAACUUGGUGGGAAGUUCUCAGAUGAGGCUUAAAAUGUCUGUGGCCGCUUCUUAAGCGCAGUGUUGGACUUAAUCUCAGCCCAGUAGCAAUGACAGCAUUUUAUUGCGGUAUUUUGUUAGGAACAAUCUGAUCAGGGAGCACUGUGUAGAACUGAAAUUAUAGAAACAUUACAGAAUAGUGGGAGUCUGUUAAAUGGGCACAGUCUGUGCAAAAGUAAUCCAGCUGGUUUCAAUGGAGUUCUUCCAAAACUCAGGGUAUGUGGCCACCAACUUCUCAUUGUCCUUCCUUGUUCCUUUUUGUGAUUGGGUCAAGAACAGAUUGAUUUCUGGUCAUAAUUUGCUUUCCCUUCUCAGCCCCCAUGUUAGGGAAAGAGCAAAGAAACAUUACAAACAGACAAAUCAUUUCCAAUUUGAGGGUGACCUUUCCCUGAUCAAACUCUGAGCAAGGUUUACACCAGGCAACCAAUGUCAGGUGGUCAUCCUGCACGACCCAACUGCUACUGCCCUGACUUGCCCCCCAUCGGCUUCCUAAAUUUCUGUUACUGUCAUGCAGCAUCGGGCAAAUGCAGAAAAAUAAGGGGACUAUCCAACAUCUUCCUUAUUCUGUGGCAGUGUAUUUUCAGUAGUCCACAGCCCCAUCAUACAAUGGUAAUUUGCAAUUAAUGGUGCGUGGGAAGAUUACCUCACACCUCUCUAUUGUGUCCACUAAUGCUCAAAUGCCCGAUGUGAGCAAACAAUAACAGAAUGAGCAUGUGGUCAAGCAAUCAGUUGCCACUUGUGCUCCCGUGUCCCAGUUUCACAGAAUACAGUAAAGAGUGAAUUAAAUGUCUUCUCUUGGGAGACCAUAUGAGUACAGCAUAGGAGGCCAUUCUGCCCAAUUAAGACCAAGCCAGCACUCAUAUUUAUCCCAUUUCUCCGCUUCUUUUCCUGUCUCAUUUGUUUCUCAACUGGGACCGCAAGAGAAAGCCGAUGGGGAUGAGAAAAGGCAGCAACACUGGCUGCAAUCACCUGAGAGAUUGCAAGAGGGAAUAAGAUGGAGCAAGGUAAGGAUUAUAAAGGUCAUUAAAAAGGGAGGUAGAUGUAGCAGAUAUUGGUGCUUAUCACUACUCCACAUCCUUAGACUAAUAAACACCCGUCUCAGGAUACCGAGUGAUGACGCGCAGAUGGAGUUAAAGUGCAAAGCAGCCAUGAUCUAACGAAGUGGUGGCCAAUUUGGAGGGUUUGAAUGGACGACACCUGGUCCUAGGUUCACUGUGUGUAUCAGCAUUGAUUCGGAAGGAGGAACAUUCAUGUCAAACUACAAGUAAUUUCUGAGAUCUUGAUAAGUUAAAUACAGUAAAACAAUCUAAUAUCUGUUGGAAAAGGACAGUGGAAUGUUGAGCAAAAUUGUUGUUGUGUGCAGUUAGCAUGGGAUGUGCAGGAAUUACAUGACUGAAGCAUAAUCUCCUGACUAUUCAAUUCAAUUCUCCCAUCAAGAAAAAACCUGAUUCUGUUGGACUUCCUGAUUAGUUGCCACAUCUACAUGCAAACCUUUUGCAAAUUCUGCCCUAGGGCUCAGAGCUUUGCAGACUUGCCCCAUUUAAGUACUUUUGUUUUGCCAAAAUGAACCACUUCCUCUUUCUUACCUAUCCAUGUGUCAUCAAGCAAAUUUGGCAUCUGAAUUUUUGGUGCUUUCAUCCACAUCAAGUAUAUAAAUGCAAAAGAUUAUGCUCCAGCAUUGAUGGCACAUUAGUUACAUCUUGCUAACGAGAAAAGGUUUGAUUUUAGCCUACCCUCUGUUGUUAGCCAACUUAUCCCCUGUCCAUGUCAUCGCAACUCGCCCAUCAGCUUUCAUUUUUCAGAAUAAUAUUUAAUUUAGUACAUUUGAUGCCUCUGGGCGUCAAAUUUUUCCUUAUCCUUGACACCUACUUCAUCAAAGAACUUUAAUGAAAUGGUCCAACUUUCGCAAACCAUGUUGCCUUAGCCUGAUUUACCCCAUCGUGCCCUCUUCCGAAGUUUUUAGUAGUAGCUUCUAACGUUUUUCCCCACAAUGUAUGUUAAGCUAACUGGCCUGCGGAUUCCUGCUUUUCAGAUAUGGGAAUUAGUAUUGCUAUUUUCCAAUUUAAUGGAAAGGUCUCUAAAUGUAAAAGGAAUUUGGAAAGUUAAAAACGAAAAUUAAAAAUUAAAAACUCUCUAACCACUUUCUAGCAGCUUGGAAUGAAGUCUGUGAAGAUGCUGAGACUUAAGAGAUUGCAGCUCUAACAAUGUAGUACAAUUGCUCUGUUGAUGUAAACAACAGGAAUUCUGCAGAUGCUGGAAAUUCAAGCAACAUACAUCAAAGUUGCUGGUGAACGCA